CGGUGAGGAGAGGCCUGAGCGCGCGGAGGGGCCGCCCCACCUCCAGCGCCAGCUGCAGCGCGGGGUUGCCUUCCCACGCGCUCGGCCCAGGCCCCGGGGCCCCUAUCUCCUCCAAACUCUGUCCCUCCCCACAGGAACCAGCAAAGCGGGCCGGGGUGCGAGAGAGGCGUGGGCUUACAGCCUGGGUGGGGAGGCGGCCUCCGCGUCCGCCUGGUCUCUCGUGGCGCCAGCCCAGACCCAGCUCCGGCGCUGACAGUUACCCCGCACCCAUCUGUCCCGCUCCCAGCCAACGCGGAUCCAAGCCGCCGCGGGACCCUCGGGAAAACGCCACUCCGUUUUUCUUUUCUUCCGAGUUUCGCGGCUGUUUAAAGAAUUGGGUUUGGGGUUUGUGGCGUCUAAUUGUACGGACGAGAAGUGCAGGAAGCGGCAAAGCUCUAGCCCUGGGAGCCAACCCGCAGGGAGGCGGAUGGCACCCUCACCCCUAGGGGCAUUCUGGCGCUUAGGUAGCGGGAAACUUCGCGGGAGUCCCGCGACACGUCCCAGGCGUCUUUUCUCCCAGGUCUAUUCCCAUUCCUCCGGAGAAGGGGACACAAUGGGGCUGGGGAUCUGGAGCAGGGGGCCUGCACCCUACAGGGACGAAGGCCUGUAGAACUCGUUUUGAGCUGAGAGCGCCAACGGACAGACGUAGACUGUGUGGCCUGCAUCUUGCCUAGGAAGCCGAGGGGCUCCUAGUCCGGCAGUGGAAACAGCGCGAAUCCGGAGGACUGCAGGUCUCCGCCGGGCUGGGGCUGAGCAAGCCCUCGGAGUGACCGUGGGUGACAGCGGCUCCAGGGACUCUUGGGGCGCGGUGGGGAAAGUGCCGGACCACCAUGCCGCGCUCAUUUCUCGUCAAAAGCAAGAAGGCUCACAGCUACCACCAGCCGCGCUCCCCAGGACCAGACUAUUCCCUCCGUUUAGAGAAUGUACCGGCGCCUAGCCGAGCAGACAGCACUUCAAAUGCAGGCGGGAAGAAGGCGGAGCCCCGGGACCGUUUGUCCCCCGAAUCGCAGCUGACCGAAGCCCCAGACAGAGCCUCCGCAUCCCCAGACAGCUGCGAGGGCAGCGUCUGCGAACGGAGCUCGGAGUUUGAGGACUUCUGGAGGCCCCCGUCACCCUCCGCGUCUCCAGCCUCGGAGAAGUCUAUGUGCCCAUCGCUGGACGAAGCCCAGACCUUCCCCCUGCCUUUCAAACCGUACUCAUGGAGCGGCCUGGCGGGUUCUGACCUGCGGCACCUGGUGCAGAGCUACCGACCGUGUGGGGCCCUGGAGCGCGGCGCUGGCCUGGGUCUCUUCUGUGAACCCGCCCCGGAGCCGGGCCACCCGGCCGCGCUGUACGGCCCGAAGCGGGCUGCCGGCGGCGCGGGGGCCGGGGCGCCAGGGAGCUGCAGCGCAGGGGCCGGUGCUACCGCUGGCCCUGGCCUAGGGCUCUACGGCGACUUCGGGUCUGCGGCAGCCGGGCUGUAUGAGAGUCCCACGGCAGCGGCGGGCUUGCUGUACCCCGAGCGUGGCCACGGGCUGCACGCAGACAAGGGCGCUGGCGUCAAGGUGGAGUCGGAGCUGCUGUGCACCCGCCUGCUGCUGGGCGGCGGCUCCUACAAGUGCAUCAAGUGCAGCAAGGUAUUCUCCACGCCGCACGGGCUCGAGGUGCACGUGCGCAGGUCCCACAGCGGUACCAGACCCUUUGCCUGCGAGAUGUGCGGCAAGACCUUCGGGCACGCGGUGAGCCUGGAGCAGCACAAAGCCGUGCACUCGCAGGAACGGAGCUUUGACUGUAAGAUCUGUGGGAAGAGCUUCAAGAGGUCAUCCACACUGUCCACACACCUGCUUAUCCACUCAGACACUCGGCCCUACCCCUGUCAGUACUGUGGCAAGAGGUUCCACCAGAAGUCAGACAUGAAGAAACACACCUUCAUCCACACUGGUGAGAAGCCUCACAAGUGCCAGGUGUGCGGCAAGGCAUUCAGCCAGAGCUCCAACCUCAUCACCCACAGCCGCAAACACACAGGCUUCAAGCCCUUCGGCUGCGACCUCUGUGGGAAGGGUUUCCAGAGGAAGGUGGACCUCCGAAGGCACCGGGAGACGCAGCACGGGCUCAAAUGAGCACCCUGGCUGGCUGCAAGCAGCAGCUACACAACACUACGGAGGGCAGCCUCCCUGCUUGCCACCACUCUGCUCCCUGUUUGCCUCCACUCCCUUCUGACUUUCCAGACCCCAGGACCAGUCUGCAGAUCCUACCAGGGUGCUCCUCCUUUGCCUUACCUUCUGGAGCUGCCAGAAUAGAUGAGGUACCUUUUCAGAGUGCAGCUGAGAGUGAGAACCAAGUGACUCUCUAGGCUUUGGACACAAAUAGGCUCCUCUACACCUGAAGACAAAGGCAAAGUCAAAUGGGGACCAGAAUAAAUCUUAGACCCCACAGUCCUUCCCAUUUCCAGCCCUAAUCUACAGACAGGAAUGCCCUUCAGGUUUCUUCCCCGCCCCUCCUUGACCUACCCCAGAUAUUUGUGUGGAAGAAGAGGAAUCACCAUUUACAAGGUGGACAAAUGCUAAUAUUUUUUAUCUAGAAAGAAGAGUGAGUGUUAACUUUUAUUUUUUUCCUUCUGGGGUGUCUGUUGACUCCUUUCUUUUGGGUGCUGCCUAUAAAUCUUGGAGGAAUCAUUUCUCCUCCUCAAAAACUGAUUCAGAAACUGACUUGGGGAAGGAAUUUAAUACUUUGAAGUCAUGAGAGGCACCAUCAAGGCUACCCCCAAGAAGGAGCAGAAGAGAAGUUGGUGAUGAGAGGGGAUUAGAGGUCCUCCCUUCAGUAGGCCUGUGAAAGCCUCAUCACUGGAGGUAAAAGCACAAGCAAUGCCUGUGGACAAGAUGUCAUUCAUUCACUCAUCAAAUGUUCAUGGAUCACUGGCUAGCAAGGUACCAGGCACCAUGCUAGGUAUUGGGGAAGAGAGACUGAAGUCACAACCCCUGACUGCUCCUCAAAAGCUAACGGUUGCACCUCCAAGUGGCUGGGUCUGUUCUUACUCUUGGAGGGAAUUCUGAGAAGACAGCACAGAAUUGUAAACCUUCCCUUUUGACCUUUUUGGAUUUUAUCAGGUGUAAACAAAAAGUAGCUGAACAGUUACUUCAAAGAUAUGUGUGUAUAUUCAGUUUUUUAUUGUUAAGCUGAUAUUUUAAAGAUGUCUGAGCUAGCAGGCAUGUGGGAAGGAAGGCUCUGUCUUCAACUCUUUGACCCUCCAUGUGUACCGUAGAGGGGGGAAGGUGGUAUUUUCACUUUGAUGAGGUUGGUAAAUGUUUUUAGAUCUUCUGGUAAGCAUUAUGUUUGUUAAUACAUAUUUAUUAGAGUGAUGUUUUAAGUUAAUAAAGUAUUAAGAGUAUUACAGGUUGCCUUUCCUUUAGGCAGGGAAUUACCUUUGUUUUAGUCUGUAGGGGAAAGCUGGCACUGAAGGAAACUGCAAUGGAGUAUAAAAGUGAAGCAGACAAGCUAAUAUCCAGAAGAGUAAAAUCCAAUUGCUCUGGUUUCCAUAUACUUUCUCCUUUGCUCCUACACCUCAGAGAUACUUCUUUCAUAAGAGAAAAACUAGGAGGUGUACAAAACUAAGCUACUACCUUGUAGAGCCCCUGAUGGUUCCACAGGCACAUAAGCUCUUUCCUCUGAAAAUGUCGACAUAUUUUUUUAUGGGCCUGAAGGCUCCCAGAUGAAUAAAGAAAUCACAGGUCUUAGGUCUAGGUUUUAGUUUUAGUCACAGCUCUGUUACCAACACAUCACGUGACUUGUGUAAAUCUUUUGACUUCCCCGAUACUGGUUUCCUUGAUCAAGUAAUAUGGAGACAGCUCUGUCAUUCCUGUCCAACCCUGACUGCUUUGAUUCUGUGGAGACUGGAAAGGAGAAAAAGUGUGAGACUGGUUAGCUGCCUCCCCUAAUGCAAGUCACAAAUCUAAAGGCCCAUGAGGAUCUGGGUUAUUUCUGGUUCUGUCCCACCUGUGGGAGCUUUUUGCAUAAGUCAAUCCUUUAAGAGAAUGAAACCAGAAUAAAAUCCUGGCCAAAAUCCCUACUACUAGUGCUUUAACACCUCCCAGCCAGACAUUCAGGGUAUGCAUGCCCCAUGGUGAGAACCAGCAGAUUGCCCAUUUCUAACUCAAAUUGAUUUCACACAUAUAAUUGAGCACCCAGUAUGUGCUGGGCACUCUUCUAGGGGGUGGAGAUAUAGCAGUGAGGACAAUGUCUUACGAAGCUUUAUUUAUUCAUUGUUGAAUCCUCAGUUCCCAGAAUAGUGCCUGGCACACAGUAGGAAAUUAAUACAUAUUUACUGAGAUGUUAAGUGAAUAAACAGAAAAUAAGCUCCUGCUUCAUCCUAGGGGCCAGCUCUGCUCUCUACAGCACAAAGGGAAGAGAGAUUGCUUGACAGCCUGGGAAACAAAUAGAAUCCACACGACUUUCUCUCCAGGUUGGCAGGGAAGGGGGGCUUGAAUGCUGCUUUUCUCUGGUUUCUCCAAAUCUCAGUCCUGGGCUGUCCUCACUUGAUUUCCAGCACCAUGUCUUUCCAUGUCAGUUUACUGUCAUUCAGAAUUUAAAUUUGUUUACUCUGUAAUGGAGUUUAAGAUAGUUUUUCAGAACUGAUGGAUGAUGAACAGUUGCAGCGUCCAGGAACCACUUCCUAGUGUCCUGGGAGACAGUCCUCCCAGUGAAUAAAAAUGACAAAAACAUCCUUCCCACAGAAGUCACCCUGUGUAUUGGUUGGUUAUUUCCAACCUGGUUUGAAAAGUAAAGAAGUUGCACUGAGGGGUAAGUAGAACUGAUUGAAAUCUAGAUGCCUGUGCUAUCCUGCUCUUCCCUUAUGACAUUUAGAACAUUUGGUCCAUUUUUGUUAUCCCUGUAUACGCUCUAAGUGAGGAAUUGUAACUUUGAUGUUAACUGUAUGCCUUUUUUUUUUUUUGGUAAAAAAUGUAUCUUGAUAUCCCCAGUUCAGAAUCAAAACAAAUUACUGUGCCUGUUACCGUGUGAAAUUUGAAGAUUGCAAAUAUCUCUCUUAAUGUUAUUACUUGACUCCAUUAAAAAUAGAUUGUGAAUAUUCCAUGUCACAUUAUUGAUGAGGCAGGCUCUGUGCCUUUUGUCUGCUGGAGUAACAGUAGAAAGGGUAACAAGAGACACAAGAGCACACCUUUGUUUCUUUCACUAAAUUUUUAAUAACACCUCCAGCUAGCCAGUUGGUGAAGCUCAGCUCUUGCAUAAAAGUGGAAAAGCACAGCUAUCUUUGAGAAGACCAACUCUUUCAGCAGCUAAUUUGAGUUUGCGUUCAUCUACACCAGACGUGAUUAAAUUACCUAUCAAGUGUGCUGAGCUAUCAGGAUUCAGGCCACGUAAAAGGUGAAUUUCAUCUGAUUGAUUUGAGACACGAAUGGAACAAUUGAGUUUUAAAAGCCCUGCCUUAAUUAAAGGGAUAGAAGAGUAUCACUCCCCGGCGACUUCUUGACUGCCAUUGCCCUUGAAAACUGGGUGGUGAUAGUGAUUUGACCCAAGUCACUUUGUUGUGUGCCUGUUUGUUCAACCUGAUCAUUUAACAGAAAGAAAUGAACUCAGAGGAAAACCUGAAAGGACUUCACUACUUUGUACUGGGCAUUUCUAGAGCACUGUUUGUUUAAAUCUGUGCUGCCAUAUUAUUUCUACAGAAAAAACUUUUUAGGAAGUAUAUAAUACAUUUAUUUUAACCCCCUUUUCCCAUUCAUUA